AUGGAUCUAGAGGAGGACAAGAAUCCACCAUCAACAGAGGAACCCGAUGUUGACUAUGACGGGGAAGAUGAGCGGGAUCCUCAGGCGGGUUCUCCCACCAAAAAGAAGAAGAAAAAGAAGAAACAGACUUCAACGGACAACGAUCUAGGCCACGACACGGAUUCGACCAACCCUGCUUCUGAUGCUUCUGACGAUGAUGAUGACGACGAUGAUGACAAUCUACAGACGGCCGCCACAGCCCCCACCACGGCUCCGUCUCCAACACAAGCACAACUAACUCCCGCAGAACGUUUUCGUCAACGCCAAGAUCGACUGCGACUCUACUACAGUCACGGAUCGUCUCAUGGCGCACCCACAUGCUAUGUGGCCCACAAGAUUGCCACACAGCUCCGAUUCGGCAACGUGGCCGAUCUCUUGUGGCUCUGCAUGGUCGGUGUCACGGAUGCCUGGUUGCAAUCGCGCCUCGAUAUUGUCGGGUACGCCGAAAUGGCCGACUCGUUGCGCGAAAAGUGCCUCAAACUGUUUCCGCUGCAUCAAGACUUGUACGAACGAGCUCAAACGACUGUCUAUGCAGAAGAGUUGCUGGUGGGCGCGGGCGGUUCACAACAGCAACAAACCAAAUUGACCUUUUCCGAACAGGGUCGGAUUCUGCCACAGACGGAUCAUCGUUUCUUUUUGUUGCGGUCGUCCUCCUUGUUGGAUGCCAUGCAAUGCAGCAACUAUGUCAGUACACAAAUGCAGUUGUGGACCAAACCCGGUAUGCAGCGCUUGCACGAAUUGCUGGCACGCAUGGGAUAUCCCUUGGAGGAUUGUCAUCAACCAUUCAACUUUAUGAAACCCAGUCUCCGACGACGAUUGGUGGGACAAUUGGCCGAGUACGGCGAGGAAUUUGGCUUGGAGGAACUCGAGUUCACCUCCUUUGUCAGAGUCACGGGGUUCUCCACGCUCACGUCGGCCUCCGACACUUGCUAUGCCGCCAGUGCCUUGCUGGAAUGCCCCACCAUUUCGUCGUCAACCGAAGUCGAUCCAUCGGGCGAUUGGGAUUUGCAGUGCUUUCAUGCGGCCUACGAUUCCCUGGGUGCUGGCAACCACAACCAGAAUGGCAAGACAAUCAUGACAACGGGGUUGCAAUGGGCCAUGAAACUGCAACGAUUAAUCCUGGCCACGGCCGUGGGAUUGGUCAGUCGGAAUGCCAUUACACGGCUCCGACACUUUCGGUAUGCCUAUGUGACGGCAUCAUCGUCGGGAAACAGCAGCUCGGCGCUGGCGUACAGCCAGUCCAACAACAAUAGCAACAACAAUGCUCCCUAUCACGUCUUGGCCAAACCAUUGGCAUUGACCCGAUUGGCGUAUUACUUGAUGGACAUGCAUCGUGCCAAUGGCAAAUGGGUGGGUACCGACAGCAGUGGACGCAGCAAGGCUCUUCCCCUCAUUCUAUUGGCGGAACAACCCGCUACGCAAACCUUUCUUGUGCUGGGUCAACAAAUGUCUGAAAAACAGGGUCAUCUGACCAAGAACAAGUUUGGUCAAUACUUCGAGUUGGUGGCGCAGACCAUGAAGGAAGCCGUGGCUCGGUUGGAAUCCUUUGAUUCGCACGUUGUGGAAGUGGAUGCGGAGCAUGUAGAACGAUUCUUGGAGCAGCUGCAUUACUUUAUGGAUUCGGUGUAA